AUGAGCGUAGCAUUGUUUGGCCGAGCAACUUCACCAACAAAUGUUUUAUUUUCCCAAGGCACACUGGAUGCCCAGAUUAUCUUUGAUAUAAGUGUAAAGUUCGAAGCUUUGAUAAACGAAGCUACUUUUGACAUAUUGCCUGUCUUUACGAAUACUGAGCUCAAUUCAAGCAAUGUAACUGUCAUUAUAAGCACUUUACAGUCUGAUUUUGGCAAUGUUAAUGUCGAGAACCAAUUUCAAUUUCACACUGGAACAGAUGGAUUGGGCCCUUACCAUAUCAAUGUCUCUUCAAAUGGUGCUCAAUACCAAUUCCUUGAGAUCUCAGUAACAAUACCGUCUGGAAACACAUCUCUUCCCGGACAAUCUAGGUCCUCUGCAUUCUUUGUCGAUAGCCUUAUCUUGGAGAACAUAGACUAA